AUGACGCCCAAGGAACCAUACUUGCUGGGCCUCGUUCGUAUACGUUUGGCAAAUCUCAAACCUGAUCCAAUGAAGCACAUUCAAACUGCAAAAGUCGAUCGGCUGGUCGAAGGUUUCCGUAAAUUUGGGUGUGGCAACGACAUUGACAGACAUGCAAUACCUGCUUUGAUGGAUCGAGCCAGGUUCCGAGAUGCGCUCGCCCAAGCAGGCAUACAAUCCUUCUCGCUUUCCGAUGUCGAAGAAGGCAGCCAACCCCUGUCCCUCCCGGUUACUGAGAAGUUGGCUAUACUCUACGGCGAGCAUCGACUUGAAGCAGCUCGACGACAUCUUCCUGCGGAUAAUCGUUGGUGGUUGGUGAAAGUCUACGAUCGCAGUCGGUUCCACAAGAUUCAUGGAAACCAGACGUGA